AUGGCUAGACCUCGUUCCUGCGUAGCCGCGGCUUUGGCCACGCUAUGGGCGGCAGCCCUGCCGCACAUGCUCUUCGGCUGGACCUUUGCAGGUCGCCCACAGUUUCUGGAAGGAAGGCCAAGAGCACUCUUGGCCGCCUCGGCUGGGCCGCAGGUGGAUGUGAGGCCGCCUUUGCCGAACUCCACGGAGGUGAUGUGCCGCCAGGCGGCGGCCGCCGCCAUGCGGGCCUACCAGGACGGCUUCACGCGGCAAAGCGUGCGCCUGCGCCUGGAUGCCGCCUUCACCGGGGACGAUGAGAAGCGGGCCCUGUUGAAGGCCACUCUGCCGCUUGCCAAGAGCUUCGCCACCAAGCUCUGGGACGGCGAGCACCUCAGAGGUCUGAAGACGUCACUGGUGGACGAGGAUGUGACAACAUUGCUGUACAGGGAGGCGGAGAGCGCUCGGAUGGACUCCGCGGUGCUGUUCCUUCCCUCCAAGGAGGUGGUCUCGUCCCCGAAGUUUGCCCAGUUCUUCCGGAGCAUGGGGGAUCGCUUGGUGGUUGUGGCGAACACGGAGAACGCGGCCGCGGAUUGGCGGGUGGAGAACAUGGGGGCGGACUUUGACGACAACUCGGAUGUGGGCCUGGAGAUCUGCAAGGUCUUUGCGCAGCAGAGCUAUUACCACCAGCUCGUGACCAUCAACAACUGGCAAGUGACUUUCUUUCGUUCAUAUCCCUUCCCUUGGGAGCUUUGGAUCGAGGACUUGAACUACAACCUGGUGAAACUGGGGGAAUCGGAGCACAAGCCCAGCUAUGAUCAGAUUGUGGCGUGGACAGAGGCGUACGAGGAGAGAGCAGGUAUCCGUGCGUUCGAGAAGGUGAGCAAGCUGCUCCAAGACAGGCAACAGGUAGAUCCUGAUUCCUUUGCUUUGUCUGGCUCGUGA